AUUUCUCUAUUAGGUUUAAAUAAAAAUCAUGGCUAAAUUAGAUGACCUUUUCGAUAAGAAAAAAGAGGUUGCACCUAUAUUAGACCUGUCCAAAGCCACAGUAAACAGCAAAGAAGAAUUGCGAAAAUUAUUAGACAAAGUUCCUGAGUUCAAAAUAAGACCAGAAAAAGUACGAGCUGAGGAAUUGAAAAUUCGUGAUAAAGAUUUUUCAUUUAAAAUGACGAAAAAAGAAGCACGAGCUCUGCGUCAACCGUAUACAAUGGUAGAUCCGGUUCCAGCUGAAAUGAGAGUUUUGAAAUUAGAGGACUUAAUUUCAGUUCCUAUUGAAUGGAAAAUGUUGACAAACAUACGACCAAAAUCUAAACUUGAAGAAGAAUAUUUUUCUCGUUUGAUUGAGCUUGGAAAAUCAGAAAUCAAAACAAUAAAUAGAGAGAAACGCGAAGCUAUGAUGACAACAACAAUUCGUAAAACUAAAAAUAAAGCUGGUAUCAUAGAAACACGAGCAAUUUCAUGUAAUGAAUGCGGGGAUGAAUUUUGUACUGGUAAAACAUGUGGUAACUUUGUGUACGAUUGUUACCUACGUGUAAGUGUACCAACGGCAACCGCUGCUGGAGGAGCAUCUACAUCGGGAGCAGCUGCAGCUUCAACAUCAAAAUCCACCGGUGGUGUAAAAUCGCGGAAAACGAUUAGAAGUCGAAAGAAAAAGAAAUCGAAGGGCAAGAGCUCAAGAUCAAAAAGUCCAAAGAAAACAAAAACAAAAUCUUCACGUUCAAAAAGUGAAGGUCGUAAACCAACUACCACUCAGCACCGAAAAUCUCGCCACGUUAGUGGCUCAAAAAGUGAAUAAUAACUUGAUUAUUAAAACUUGUUUAUAAACACUUUAAAUACAAUUAACCUUUAGAUUUUAGUAACAUUUUAGAAACGAGAGUUAGUUUAUAGUUUCAUAGU